GGAGAAAGAGGAGGUGCCUGAGAACAGGGAGGCGGAAUAUGCAGAGAGUCUGAGGCAGCUCUCAAAGCUCAGGGACAGACAGGAGCUAAUAUAAACGUGCUGCCCUUCACUCGGGGCUAACAGGGGCUAAGAAAACAGCGCUACCUCUGUCGCCCGACCUCCUGCGCUUCAAAGAGACAGCGGGACGCGCGGAGCUCCGGCCCAUGUAGAGCGGCCAGCGGCCAUGGCCACGCUGGAGGGCUGCCGCUGCCGGGGUGCCAGCGGCCGGAACAACAACAGCAUCCUCUACAGCAUUUUAAAGAGUGACAACCUUGUGCCCACCGAGGAACAUCAACAACAACAACAACAUCCCCAACAACAAACAUUGCAACACUUGCUCAACAAGACCUCCUCCUCCUCCUCCUCUGCCACCGCCGCCCCAGCCUCGCUGCAGGAGCUCCGGCAGCAGGCGUGCUCCUGCGGCUCGACGCGCCGCCGAGGCAUCCUGCGCUCCCCGCAGGUGACGUGCAAAGCCGCCUCGGCGGUGCUGGUGAAGACGCUGCGCUUCGUGAAAAACGUGCCCUGUUUCCGCGAGCUGCCCGAGGACGACCAGCUGAUGUUGAUCCGGAGCGGAUGGGCGCCUCUGCUCGUGCUGGGGCUGGCGCAAGACCGGGUGGACUUUGAGACCACGGAGACCGUGGAGCCCAGCAUGCUGCAGCGCAUCCUCACGGGUGUACCGGACAGGCAGAGCGAGGUGCUGGCCGGCCAGAGCAGGGGGGUGGCCGGGGUCUCUGUCGUGGAUAUCGAAGCGAUCAAAGCGUUCCUGAAGAAGUGCUGGAGUGUAGAUAUCAGUACCAAGGAGUAUGCGUAUCUGAAAGGAGCUGUGCUGUUCAACCCAGAUGUGGAGGGUCUGCGCUGCCUCCACUACAUCCAGUCCCUGCGUCGGGAGGCGCACCAGGCUCUCAACGAGCACGUCCGGCUGAUCCACCGCGAGGACACCACUCGGUUCGCCAAGCUGCUCAUAGCCCUGUCCAUGCUGAGGGCCAUCAGCCCACCGGUGGUCGCUCAGCUCUUCUUCAGACCCGUUAUAGGGACCGUCAGCAUCGAGGAGGUGCUCAUGGAGAUGUUCUACGGGAAGUAGAGGACAAGUCCACAGUGGACCGAGACAUGAAUUCAGCACAUCCAGCUGCCAGAGGGGACUGACACGCUCCAGAGCUCUGACUGGGUGGGGAGGUGAGGGCAGGAUGGAGAGGAUGUUUUAGAGACUGAAUUUGCAACUACUGUAUGUGGGGGAUUUUCAAGGACUGGGAGAUGACCACCACAGGCAAAAGAGUGUGUGUGUGUGUGUGUGUGUGUAAGUGUGUGUGCAUGAGAGAGUGAGAGACAGGACGAGAGUGUGUUGAAGGCAAGAGAUGUUAUUAAUAGAGGAAAAAAAUACAAAGCAGCU